AUGCUGCAAUACCUCGCCAUCCUUUCUCUUGGACUGGUCGCACAGACGCUCUGCAAUGUGAUUGUACUCAGACCGAAGGAGGGAAGAUGUGAUAGGCCAACUUUUCUCUUAGCAAAGACUGAGUGUCGAUCCUGUGUGCUCAAUCUUAACGUGAAGUGCCCGGAUGGUUACGACAAGCUUACCAACGCUGAAGGAUUUCGAGAUUGCAGGUAUACCUUCAAGGUCAAACAGUCCUCCCUGCUUCUCCCUGGAUGCCGCCAUGUCUGUAAGAAGAUCUAUGCGGAACCUCGGUGUUGCUCAGGCCGCUGGGGCCCGGAUUGCACGGAGUGCCCAGGAGGAUGGCGGUCUCCCUGCAGUGGCCGGGGCACCUGUGCUGAAGGCAUGGACGGGAGUGGGACGUGCUCCUGCCAGCAAGGAUUUGGUGGGACAGCCUGUGAAACCUGUGCUAAUGACAACUUAUAUGGACUGAACUGUUCACAAGUGUGCAACUGUGUGCAUGGCGUGUGCGACAGUGGACUCCAUGGCAACGGGACCUGCCAGUGUUACUCGGCAUACACUGGCCCCAGCUGUGACAAGCCCAUCCCCGAAUGUGCCGCCUUGCUCUGCCCAGAAAAUUCCAGAUGUUCACCUUCCAGCAAAGAUGCAAGCAAACUGGAAUGCAAAUGCCUUCCCAAUUACAAAAGCAAUGGCAAAGUCUGCGAGCCCAUCAACCCAUGUCUGCAGAAUGUCUGCCACCCUCAUGCUCACUGCACAUACCUGGGACCAAAUCGGCACAGUUGCACCUGCCAAAAAGGAUACCAUGGGGAUGGCCAAGUGUGCCUAGUAUUAGACCCUUGUCAAGUUAACUUUGGAAACUGCCCUAAACAGUCUACAGUGUGCAGAUAUGACAGACCUGGACAGUCUUUCUGUGAGUGUAAGGAACACUACCACAAGUUUGUGCCAGGAGUCGGGUGCAGUAUGAUCAACCUCUGUGAAAUCGAUAACCCAUGUCACAAGAGUGCAAACUGUACCACCACCGCGCCAGGCAAAACUGAAUGUACUUGCCAGAAAGGCUACGUGGGUGAUGGCUUAGCAUGUUAUGGAAAUAUCAUGGAACGACUCAGAGAAUUAAAUACGGAACCCAGAGGAAAAUGGCAAGGAAGUCUGACCUCUUUCAUUGCACUCCUAGACAAAGUUUAUGCCUGGCCACUAAGUAACCUGGGACCAUUUACUGUGCUGCUGCCCACAGACAAGGGACUAAAAGGAUUCAACAUGAAAGCACUCCUGCUGGAUAAGGAAGCUGCUGAAUACUUUGUGAAACUCCACAUCAUUGCUGGGCAGAUGAGCACCACAAGGAUGAACGCCACAGACACAUUCUACACCUUGACCGGGAAGUCAGGGGAAAUCUUCAUCGAUGAUACGGGGAAUCAACUAAAACUUUAUGAGGCCAAGAAUAGGGUAAAAAUUAUACAAGGAAAUAUAAUUGCUUCCAAUGGACUCUUGCACAUCCUGGAUAGAGCCAUGGAUGAGCUAGCACCCACACUGAAGAGCAACACUGAGCAAACCAUAAUGGAAAUGCUACAACCAAGAUAUAGCAAAUUCAGAUCUUUAUUGGAGGAAACCAGUGUGGGACAUGCCUUAGAUGAGGACAGAUUUGGUGAAGCAUACACCAUUUUUGUUCCAAGUAAUGAAGCCCUGGAAAACAUGAAGGACGGCACUCUUGAUUAUCUCCGUUCCCCAGAGGGAGCUCGGAAGCUUCUGGAACUUGUCCGAUAUCACAUUGUCCCAUUUACCCAGCUUAAAGUGGUUACUCUCAUUGCAACCCCUCACAUCAAGAGCAUGGCCAACCAGAUGAUCCAGUUUAACACGAUGGAAAAUGGACAGAUUCUAGCAAAUGGAGUGGCAAUUGAAGAAACUGAGAUCUCUGCCAAAAAUGGCCUGAUUUACACACUGAGCGGAGUUCUCAUUCCUCCUUCCAUCAUCCCGAUUCUGCCCCAUCGAUGUGAUGAGACGAAAAGAGAGAUGACACUGGGCUCCUGUGUGAGCUGUCACACGAUGUAUCAAAGCCAAUGUCCCGCAGACUCGGAGCCCACAUCACUCUUCAAACACAGAUGUGUCUACAGCAGAAUGAGGAUCUUGAAGCUCGGCUGUGCCCGGUUCUGUAAUGCCACCAGGAAGGUGCUGAAGUGCUGCAAAGGCUUCUAUGGACCUGACUGCAGCCAGUGCCCAGGAGGCUUCUUGAAUCCGUGCUCAGGAAAUGGACAGUGUGCAGACGGCCUUGAUGGCAAUGGAACAUGUAGCUGCAAGAAUGGCUUCAAAGGCUCCCAUUGUCAGUUCUGCUCUGACCCCAACCGAUACGGACCUCGCUGUGACAAAAGAUGCCUGUGUGUUAAAGGAACAUGCAAUAACAGGGUAGACAGUGAUGGGUCCUGCCACUCCGGCACAUGCAGGGACGGCUCUGCUGGGAGGUUCUGUGACAAGCAAACCUCAGUCUGUGGGCCCUAUGUGCAUUUCUGUCACAUCCACGCCACCUGUGAAAACAGCAACGGCACAGUCAGCUGUGUGUGCAAGGCAGGCUAUGAAGGAGAUGGAUUUGUCUGUUCUGAAAUAGACCCCUGCAUGAGAUCAACCCCAGGAGGCUGCAGCCCUAAUGCAGAAUGCGUGCAAACUAGCUCCGGGACACACAGCUGUGUGUGCCAGCAGGGGUGGACAGGUAAUGGAAGAGACUGCGUGGAGAUCAACAACUGCCUGCUUCCUGGUGCAGGUGGCUGCCACAGCAAUGCAACCUGUCUGUAUGUUGGCCCUGGGCAGAAUGCCUGUGAGUGCAAGAAAGGGUUUCGAGGAAGUGGCAUCAACUGUGAACCGAUCAUUUCUUGCUUGGAACAAACUGGGACGUGUCAUCCGUUGGCGACCUGUCAGUCUACUGCGUCAGGUGUCUGGAGCUGCGUGUGUCGGGAGGGCUAUGAAGGCAACGGGCUCCUGUGCUAUGGGAACGCAGCAGUGGAAUUGUCAUCUCUCUCUGAAGCAGCUGCGUUUAACCAGUGGAUAUAUAAUGCUUCUCUACAACCCAUGCUGUCAACCACCUUGAACCUCACUCUUCUGGUGCCAUCCCAUCAAGCAAUUGAGGACAUGGACCAAGGUGCAAAGAGCUUUUGGCUGUCACAGAGCAAUAUUCCGGCCCUAAUAAAGUACCACACACUUCUUGGCACAUAUGGAGUGGAAGACUUGCAGACCUUGUCGGCUUCUGAACAACUUGCCACAUCCUUACAGGGCCACUUUCUGCGCCUGGAGAAGGUGGAUGGGAAUAUCACAAUUGAAGGAGCAUCCAUUGUGGAUGGUGACAACGCAGCUACAAAUGGCGUGAUUCACAUCAUCAACAAGGUGCUGAUCCCCCAAAGAGGUCUCAGCAGUUCCUUACCAAACCUGCUCACCCGGCUGGAGCAGAUGCCGGACUACACCAUCUUCAGAGGAUACCUCAUGCAUUACAAUCUGGUGAAUGCAAUUGAGGCCGCCAGCACUUACACUGUGUUUGCACCCAACAACAACGCCAUCGAGAAUUACAUCAGGGAGAAAAAAGUCACAGCUCUAGGGGAAGACAUCAUCCAAUAUCACGUGGUCCUGGACAAGAAACUCCUCAAGAAUGACCUGCACCCGGGCAUGCACCGGGAGACCAUGCUGGGCUUCUCCUACCUCCUUGGCUUCUUUUCCCACAAUAAUCAGCUAUAUGUAAAUGAAGCUCCAAUCAAUUACACCAAUGUAGCCACUGACAAGGGAGUGAUCCAUGGCUUGGGGAAGGUUCUGGAAAUUCAGAAGAAUAGAUGCGAUAAUAAUAACACGACUAUUACACGAGGCAAGUGUGGAACAUGUUCUCAGAAACCCGUCUGCCCACUUGGAACGACACCACUUGGUAACGAGACAAAGAGAUGUAUCUAUACACUGUAUUUCAUGGGAAAACGUUCCAUAUUCAUUGGGUGCCAGGCAAAGUGUGUGAAAACUGUCAUUACCAGGGCCUGCUGCGCUGGGUACUUUGGACCCCAGUGCCAGGCCUGCCCUGGGAAAGGACAGAAUGUCUGCUUUGGAAAUGGAAUCUGCUUGGAUGGCAUAAAUGGCACAGGUACCUGUGAGUGUGGAGAGGGCUUCGGUGGGACAGCCUGCGAGAACUGCGCCGAGGGCAAGUAUGGUAUCCACUGUGAUCAAGCAUGUUCUUGCGUCCACGGAAGAUGCAACCAAGGCCUGUCAGGUGACGGCUCCUGUGAAUGUGAUGUUGGCUGGCGGGGGGUGAGAUGCGACAGUGCCAUCACAAAAGACAGCUGCAAUGGGACCUGUCACACCAGUGCCAACUGCCUUCUUAAUCCAGAUGGCACGGGCUCGUGUAAAUGUGCGGCAGGAUUCCAAGGAAACGGAACAGUCUGCACAGCAAUUGAUGCCUGUGAGAUCAGCAACGGGGGUUGCUCUGCCAAGGCCUACUGUAAAAGGACCACCCCAGGAAGCCGAGUAUGCAUGUGCAAGGCGGGCUAUACGGGUGAUGGCAUCGUGUGCCUGGAAAUCAACCCGUGUUUGGAGAACAAUGGUGGCUGUGACAAGAAUGCGGAAUGCACUCAGACAGGACCCAACCAGGCUGCCUGUAACUGUUUGCCGACAUACACAGGAGAUGGGAGGGUCUGCACACCCAUCAACAUCUGCCUAAUUAAAAAUGGAGGCUGUAGUGAAUUUGCGAUCUGCAAUCAGACCGGAAAAGACAAAAGGACUUGCACUUGCAAGAUAAAUUACACAGGCGAUGGAUUUACCUGCCGUGGCAAUAUCUAUCAGGAACUUCCCAGGGACCCAAAAACGUCACAGUUUUUCUUCCAGCUACAGGAGCACUCCAUGCGGGAACUGGCUGGACCCGGUCCCUUCACUGUUUUUGCACCUGCAUCUACUGCCUUUAAUGAGGACCUGUGGAUUAAAGAUUGGCACCAGCAGGGCCUGAUGCCCCAAGUUCUUCGUUACCACGUGGUUGCCUGCCACCAGCUGCCUCUGGAGAGCCUGAAACAGACUCCAAAUGUCACUUCCCUCCAAGGAGAGCCAAUUGUUGUCUCCAUCUCUCAGGGUGCGGUGUAUUUAAAUAAAAGGGCAAAGGUCAUAGCCAGCGACUUCAUCAGUACUAAUGGAAUCAUCCAUAUCAUAGACAAGCUACUGAGUCCCCAAAACCUGCUCGUCACCCCCAGAGAUGCCUCAGGACACAUCCUGCAAAAUAUGACAGCGGUGGCAAUAAAGCAUGGCUACAUCAAAUUCAGCAACUUGUUACAGGACUCCGGUUUGCUGAGUGUCAUCUUGGACCCCAUUCAUACCCCAGUCACUGUCUUCUGGCCCACGGACAAAGCCCUCCAAGCUCUGCCUGCUGAGCAACAGGAUUUCUUGUUCAGACAAGACAACAAGGACAGGCUGAAGGAGUAUUUGAGCUUCCAUGUGAUCCGAGAUUCCAAGGUCUCAACUGUGGACCUGCCCAGUGCUGCAGCCUGGAUGACCCUGCAAGGCUCCAAGCUGAGUGUGAAGUGUGGAGGUGACAGUAACAUUGGCGAACUCUUUCUGAAUGGUCAAAUGUGCAGAAUCGUGCAGCGCGAGCUCUUGUUCGAUCUGGGAGUGGCCUAUGGCAUUGAUUGUCUGCUGAUGGAUUCCACCCUGGGGGGCCGCUGUGACACCUUCAAAACUUUCACUCUCUCAGGAGGUUGUGGGAGCUGCCUCAGUACCCCUAAAUGUCCAUCAUGGAGCAAACCAAAGGUAGCGAAGGAAAAGUGUGACUAUCAGCUGCCACAGUUGAAGAGAACCGUGCAAGGCUGCAAGCAUCAGUGCGCCCUGGUGAUCCGGCUCCGCAGGUGCUGCAAAGGCUACUUCCUGCCAGACUGUCAGGCCUGCCCUGGAGGACCAGACACCCCAUGCAACAACCGGGGCGUCUGCGUUGAUCACUACUCACCCAACGGACAGUGUACAUGCAACACUGGCUUCAACGGGACGGCAUGUGAACUGUGCUUGCCAGGGAGAUUCGGGCCUGACUGUCAGCCCUGCAACUGCUCCGAACACGGACAGUGCGACGAUGGAAUCAGCGGCUCCGGGCAGUGCCUCUGUGAAGCAGGGUGGACAGGCCGCUUCUGCAACACCCAGACAGCUUUUCCCCCAGUGUGUACGCCUCCUUGUUCAGCUCAUGCCACCUGUAAGGAGAACAACACGUGUGAGUGCAAUUUGAAUUAUGAAGGUGAUGGAAUGACAUGCACAGUUGUGAAUUUCUGCAAACAGAACAACGGGGGCUGUGCAAAGGUUGCCCGGUGCUCCCAGAAAGGCACCAAGGUCUCUUGCAGCUGCCAGAAGGGCUACCAGGGCGACGGGCACAGCUGCAUAGCCAUAGACCGUUGUGCAGACGGCCUCAACGGGGGCUGUCAUGAACACGCCACCUGCAAAAUGACUGGCCCGGGCAAGCACAAGUGUGAGUGUAAGAGUCACUACGUGGGAGAUGGAGUGAGCUGCGAGCCAGAGAAGCUGCCCCUUGACCGCUGCUUACAGGACAAUGGGCAAUGCCACGCGGAUGCCAACUGUGCUGACCUCCACUUCCAGGAUAUCACUGUUGGGGUGUUCCACCUCCGCUCCCCGCUGGGCCAGUACAAGCUGACCUUUGACAAAGCCAGAGAGGCCUGUGCCAAUGAGGCUGCAACCAUGGCCACCUACAACCAGCUCUCCUAUGCCCAGAAGGCCAAGUACCACCUCUGUUCAGCAGGUUGGCUAGAGAGUGGACGGGUUGCCUACCCUACAGCCUAUGCUUCUCCAAACUGUGGCUCGGGUGUCGUUGGAAUAGUGGACUAUGGCCCUAGACCCAACAAGAGUGAAAUGUGGGAUGUCUUCUGCUAUAGGAUGAAAGAUGUGAACUGCACCUGCAAGGAAGGCUAUGUGGGAGAUGGAUUCUCGUGCAGUGGAAACCUGCUACAGGUCCUGAUGUCCAGCCCUUCGCUCACCAACUUCCUCAAGGAAGUGCUGGCCUAUUCCAACAGCUCCAUCAGAGGCCAGGAGUUUCUGAAACACCUGACAGACCUGUCAUUCCGCGGGACCCUAUUUGUGCCAGAGAACAGUGGGCUGGGGGAAAACGAGACCCUUUCUGGACGAGAUAUUGAGCACCACCUCACCAAUGUCAACAUCUUCUUUUACGAUGACCUUGUCAGCGGCACAAUCCUGCAGACAAGGCUGGGAAGCCAGCUGCUCAUCACCUCCAGCCAGGAUCAGCCCCAGCUGGAGACGAGGUUUGUUGAUGGAAGAGCCAUCGUGCAGUGGGACAUCUUUGCCUCCAAUGGGAUUAUUCAUGUGCUUUCCAGGCCUUUAAGAGCACCGCCUGGCCCCAAGACUUCAACCCAUACUGGCUUUGGAACUGGGAUCUUCCUUGCCAUCAUCCUAAUCUUAGGAGCUGUGGCUUUGGGGGCUUACUCUUACUUCCGACUGAACCUCAGACGAAUUGGCUUCCAGCAUUUCAAGUCAGAAGAGGACAUUGACGUUGGGGCUCUGAGUAAGCGGCAGCCUGAAAAUAUCUCAAACCCCAUGUAUGAGAGCACAACCUCAGUGGCCCCAGAGCCUGCCUACGACCCAUUUGUGGACUCAGACGAACAGCCACUGGAGAGCAGUGACCCCUUGGGGGCACUGUGAGGGCCUGCAAUGAGCAGUGGCCUUCGCCCACCACCACUGGGCCUGUGGCGCCUCAACGAGAAAGCUGUCAACUGUGAACUCCUAGCACUAUGGCCUUUGGGCACGUAAGGUCCCUGGGCAUCUUACAGUAACAAGCAGGACCUUACCUCUCGUUCCAUCUGGGGGCAGGAGGUAUUUUGUUUCCAUAGGUGAGGGAUCUACUGAGUCCACACAGGGGUCUUUUCCCUCCUCUGAGCCUCCACAGUCCCGUCUGUCCCCCUCAGAUGACCCUCACCACAGUAACUGUAACCUUAUUCGUCAGACUGUAAGCUACUGAAGGCAGCAACUGGCCUCAUUCACCCAGCACAUGAAAUGUGCUUAAUAAAUGUUUAUGCAGCAAUGAGAU